AUGACUCCUCGGGAUCACAUGAGAAAGAUGUCUAUCCUGGGGGAGCAAGGAGCUCUCGAAGAAAAGCACUUGUACCGGUUAGCAAGUGGCAUGGCAGCAGGAGAACUGCGGCAGCGACAGGAGAUGCUCAUGAGGAAUCAGCUGAUGGCAGUAAACCCCCCGCUAAUGGGCACCGGCCAGCAGAGAAUGCAGGCGAUUCCUUCCCAGUUCGAGCCUCGACUGGUAGACAGAGAUUUGUUACCUUCAACCGAAAUGAUGGCAUCAGCUGACCCGAGACAAAUUCAUAUAGCAUCCCACCUUGGGCCCACAGUCCCACAGCACACAAACAUGCCAAACAUAUUGGCCAACCGUGUUUAUCCAGGACCAGGAUAUAGCUUUCUCCAACCAGAAUCCAUGGAGGCUGUGGCCAGAAGGCAGGAACUGGUUCAGAAGCAAAAUAUUGCCAGGAUGGAAAUGGAGAUGAGUGCUAUUUUUCAGCAAAAAGAAAUGGAGAAAGCUCAUCGGAAAGGGCUGCUGGGCCUGGAAGCACCUUUCCUUUACCACGGGAUGCCAGCCAGCCCCAUUGCUUUCCGCGGCAGGCACAGACUACCUGAAGGCCACCUUCCCAGUGACCUAUACGUUCAUCGUACCACCCUCGAUGAAAUUCAUGGCAACACUAUGCUCAUGGCAGCCAGCCCAUACCCUCCAGUCGGUGCUUUGCAGAGGGAGAGGGGCCGCCGACCAGGAAGAAGAGCUGGAAAUCCCAAAACCGCAGACUGUGGUGCCAGUGGCACGAAGAACCAAGCUGAAGACAAAACUGCAGACCUUGCUUCCACCGCAGUGGAUGAUGAGAAAGAGGACAAGAAAGAAGCCGAGGUGGAGGCACCAAACAAACAUGAACAAAGCAAAAAUCAGACCGAGCCAUCUGCAGUUGCCAAAAACUGCAAAGAGUUUGAACAAGACCUGAGGAAAAACUGUGCUGCUCACGAAAUUUCUGCUGAAAGCAACAGCUGCAGCAACACAAAUGAGAAGGAAUCUAAUAGCUCUUGUGCUGCGUUUGAUGACAAGUACAUGUACCCUUCUGCAAUCCCAUUCUCAGCACUACCAUAUGGAUUUCCAGUGCCCAGCAACCCAUUGCUAACUCCAGGAGCACAUGGCCUGAUCCUGAAUGGAGAAGACAUUUCUACCAUCGAAGACAUUCGCAAGUGGACUGUUGAUGAUGUAUACAACUUCAUCGGUAGCCUCCCAGGCUGUUCAGAUUAUGCCCAGAUAUUCAAAGACCACGCUAUUGAUGGAGAAACCCUCCCGCUGCUAACAGAGGAACAUCUCCUGGAUACGAUGGGAUUAAAACUCGGACCAGCAUUAAAAAUCCGCUCUCAGGUGUCUCGACGUCUGGGCAAUGUGCUCUACAUGAUGAAUCUUCCUUUGUCUGUGCCUCUGCCGUCUGCUCCAGGCAAACCGUCAGACCAGCCCUCCGACAUAGCCUCCCCUCUUCACUGCAACAGCAGUGGCGAUGCACUGGAUAGUCCCUGCUCGCAGGGUCCAGAAGCUUCAAAAACAGUGGAACAGAUUGUUUCAGAGAGCAGGGAAAAUCCGUGUGACACAGCUGGAUCUCAGGCUGACUUCCAGAUGAUCACUUUUCAAAAAAGUUGA